GUGAGCGCUUGGGUGACCCAACUGAUAAUCACCCAGCCCACGCACGAUGCGCGCCGAGCUGUCUUGUCCUGCGUCCUUAGAGUCGCCCUCUCGUCAUGGAAUAUUGGAAAUUUCAAUGGAGCUAUGGAAAUUAUCGCAGGCCUCAAGUCGAACAAACUCAAACCGUUCUGGCUAUCCAUCACCGAAAAGGAAACGCUUCCAGUACUGGACUUCCUAUCGGCGGCGCUGCUUUCCGCAGAGUACGACCGUGCCUUAAGUAGGGCGCUGGCUAUGCCUGAGUGCCCCGUUGUGCCCUUCUUCGGAGCCUUCCUGAGGGAGCUCAGGGAGAUUUUGGCGGCGGGCGAGGCGGUGGGUGGACCGCCGGCGCCUAGUGAACACUUACCGCCUCCGGGAAAGUCAUCUAAGGCUCAUCAAGGACACCAGGGACCAACAUCAUCAGCAGAGACAAGUGUUCAUAUCAGAUUAUAAUGGGGAAGACCAUCACUUCACGACCAUUGGACCGGGCGGACUUAUCAAUUUGGAAAAAAUAUACCGCACGCAAGCGGUCAUGGACCAUAUAUCAUUGUGCCAUCAACACUAUCAUAGUAGGAAUCGUUUUACGCCUACGUACAGCCUCAUCGAGUAUCUUAAGUCAUCAGCUAUAAACGAACAACGCGUUUUAGCGUUUGGUCCCCCCGAAAAAGUCGAAUUGGACGCCGAAUAUGACUGUGAUGUAGACGAUUAUCAUCCUGUGCAGCCCCUUAUACACGACCACGGCGUCAGUUUUGUUUGUUUAUCUUCACCUUUGACCAGAAUCGAUCAACAUGUCAUACAGAUACUACACCACGGCAACACCUGUGUUAUGUGGGAAGGUAUAGAAGGUCCUCCAAUUUCAGGCAUCAGGGGCGUUCUUCUCUACUUACGAUUAGACAGAUCAUCGACGACGCUGACGUGGGUGCGACCAAGUUGGAGCGGCCUUAAAGCAGGAGCUGCCAAUGAAACUGGCGAUCCUUUUACUACAGAUUUUAAUCUUUCGUUUAAUCCUGAGGACACUCUUGCACCAGGUUUACUUACUAAAUUAGCUCUACAGGCAUCUGGAGAACAAAGUACUGGUACGACUCUAGAUGAUGGAUUUUUGGAUCUCACCGCAGUAAAAGAAGUCCAUCUCGGAGGUAGAGAUGCCGAAAAAGAAGCCGAAUUGGCAUCGGUGGCGAGACGGUAUGGCCUCAUUCACGAAACCGGCAACGAGUGCGCUCUCACCAUUCUUUACGGGUAUGGUCUGAGCGAUAAUCGUUUAUUGUACAUUGUUUGUCCACCAGUCGUUUGUAGGGUAUGGUUUAGCGGUCUCUGCUGGCUGAUCCGUGGACUGAAUCGACAAGAAGCACUCUGUGAUAGAAGAUUAUUAUGGUUAAGAGAACAAUAUAUGCAAUUAUAUCAUGAAGACGGUUACUGUUGUGGACCUCUGGCUGCCGAUGCCAUCAGGUCUUUCGGAGGAAGAGAUUGGUCCAUUGCUGGUGUUACUGGUGGGCCAGGCGAAUCGUCAGGAGCUUUAAGACGCGAAGUUUCAAUGAAAAUUAAAAAGAAGCAACUACUAAGCAACCAAACUUUCAAAGAUCGAAGUUUGAGGACUCCUUUCGUUGAACCACCUACGAUGUGUAUGGAGAGCAGUUACUGGAGAAACCCCACUCAUCAUCGCCAAUCUACGCCUACUACAUUUCCGGAACACCCACACGACGUUUCAAGACACCAUAGCUUAGGGCAACUAGCAUACAAUUGUUCACAACCGAAAUUUGAUAGAGAUCGGCAUGGUUCAACGGAACACUUGUGGCAUGGUAGGCAUCCCAGAGUCGGCUCAAUUCUUUACGAUACCCAAUUGGAUUUUGUAGAUUUCGUUACUCUUUUUCGUUCUUUCAGUUUACUAAUUAGGAAAGAUCUUAGAGAUCUGUUCGAACAACUAGCAAUAUCUUACAGAAGUAUGGCUGUGAAUACUACUAAGUUAAACGGAGUCAAAUCCAAAGUGGAACAACCAAAGAAACCACAGAAAAUAGGUUUAUUAACUCGAAACAGUAAAGCAGAACUCGAUGGCGUCGUUAUCAACUCGCAGAAGAAAAUUUUUGAUGCAAUCGCCGCUGCUAGUAUUUUUACAAAUUGUGCAGGAAUUGAUACGAAUAAUUCGCAAGUUAUAACAUUGUCUACGUUCACGAAAUUUUUGGAGACCAGGCAAAUGGAAGUGUGGUCCGAGGAACAAGUGAAAGCUUUAAUUUAUAGGCAUGAACCUGACGCUACCUUAAGAGCACAGAACUGCCUUUCGUUUGAGGGAUUUGCAAGGUAUCUCAUGGACAAGGAUAACUUUGCCUUCGUUUCAGAAAGAGAAGUUCCUAUUGAGAGUGAUAUGACGCGGCCACUGUCUACUUACUACAUAUCCUCGUCACAUAACACUUACCUGACAGGACACCAACUGAAAGGAGAAUCGUCUGUAGAAUUAUAUAGUCAGGUUUUACUGACUGGCUGCAGAUGUGUCGAGCUAGACUGUUGGGACGGGGAUGAUGGAUAUCCCAUGAUAUAUCAUGGACACACAUUUACUACGAAGAUACCCUUUAGCGCCGUCGUAGAGACCAUUGAUAAGAAUGCCUUUAUUUUGUCGCCGUAUCCUGUGAUUUUAUCGAUAGAGAAUCAUUGUUCUUUGCAACAGCAAACACGAAUGGCUCAUAUAUUUCAAAGAAUUUUUGGAGAAAAACUAGUCACGUCCUUCCUUUUCGAAUCAGACUACAGUGAUGAACCUUGUUUGCCUUCGCCGGAGCAAUUGAAAUAUAGAAUAUUAAUAAAAAAUAAAAAAUUAAUAAUGGAAGUGCCUCCCCCAUUGACUUUCUCCUCCAUGUCGACCCCCGUAAGACCAGGUAGUGGAGGAUUGCGUCACUCGGUACCCGGAAGAACCAGCUCGAUUAUCAGUAACACCAGCAGUAGUUCUUUCAAUGAUGAUUUCAGCGAUGACGACUACGAUGAUGAGGAUGACGAAGAUAAUAUUGAUGAAAAACCUAUGCACGGACUAAGCAUCACAGACUCUCCUCGACCUUAUGGAGUUCCGCAUGCAGUAUCAAAAACAAGUUCACAAAAAAGAGCUGCACCUGAUGACAAACUUAAGAAAAAAGGCAGUCAAAUUUCAAAAGAGCUAUCAGACAUGGUGGUCUACGUGCAGGCAAUAAAAUUUCGAGGAUUAAACACAAUUUCACCGAGCAGCUCGGUUAAGCAACGCCAGAAAGCGAUAGCCUGCUCAGUAAGUUCCAGUGCAACAUCGGGAAUUAGCUCAGCGUCUAACAUUAGCUCAGGAACGACUAGCGAAUCCGACAACACCAUAUUUGAGAGUGAAGGGCAGAAACGUCCGAAUGUUCAUUUGCCCUGCUACCAAUGUUCAUCUAUUAACGAAAACACUGCUAAAAAAUUGUGCAGGAAACAACCUUUAGCCCUGGUAGCGCACACCCAAACUCAGCUGAUGAGAACUUAUCCUGCAGGAAUGAGAAUAGACUCGUCAAACUUCAACCCGGUAAUAUUUUGGUCAUUCGGCAUACAGAUGGCGGCACUAAAUUAUCAAACUGAAGACACGGCAAUGCAGUUGAAUACCGCACUUUUCGAGAAUAACGGAAAAUGUGGAUAUGUUAGUAAACCCAAUAUUAUGUGGGACAGACAGCACGUCAUGUAUAGGAGGUUCAACCCCUGGGAUAAGGAAUUCGAUGGUAUACAUUCAUCCCAAAUGGUUAUCAACAUAGUGUCUGGUCAGUACGUAGGCCAAAAUAACGUUAACCUCAGUACCUACGUAGAGGUAGAAAUUAUCGGUAUUCAAGUCGACUGCAAUAAGCAAAAAACCAAAAUUGUUCACAAAAAUUCACUCAAUCCUAUUUGGAACGACACGUUCCAUUUUAGAAUAAUGUUCCAUGAUUUAGCGUUCCUAAGGUUCACGGUUAUAGAUGCUGCAUGUAAUCAUCUUUUGGCUCAAAGAAUAAUGCCGCUGAAGAGUUUAAGGCCGGGUUAUAGACAUGUGAGGCUACGGUCAUCAUCGAAUAAGAACUACAACAUGUCGACGUUAUUUAUUUACUCUAGAUUGGAGGAGGAAAGUUUGGAGAACACCGAUUCUGGAGAGGGAAUUGCCGAAAGGCCGAAAAAAACAGAAACCGAUGCGGCAGAAACAAGCGGGCCUGAUGGAACUUUCUUAGGAAUUUCCGGUACUCCUUUAUGCGUCAAACGAAGGAUGUUCUUCUUGAUGGUCUACGGAGUUGUUUCGGAAGAGCCUUAUACGAUUUUAAAAAUCACGCAAGAAAGUACUACUCAAGAUGUGUUACUACUUUGCACGCAAAAAGCUGGCGUAAGCCCGACCAAAGUGAACGACUACAUUCUGGUAGAAGAGGUUGCUCGUGGUUGGGAGAAAAAGGAUCAUAAUUUGCCAGCCACCCAACGAAUUUUGGAUCUACAUGAAAGACCAUUGCAGGCACAAUCGCAAUGGAAAGGAGAAGGUCGAUUCAUCCUCAAAAGAAUGGGCGACGAUCCCAGCAGCCGAGCCUGGCUCUCCUCAAUUCGAAGUGUCGCCAACCGAGAACGCGAAGCCAGAAAAUCCGACGGCUGUCCAAGCAACGCUUGGGAAAUAAACGACACAUUCCUCGUGUGUAUAUACAACGUUUCCCCUGAAAUCCCAUACGCCAUCCUCAAAGUUCCGCUAAACGCGUGCGCGCAAGAUGUCCUUGCACAAGCCCUAGUCAAAGCGCGUCGCCUAGAAGACCCCAUGAACUUUGUGAUAGUGGAAGAACUAGAGUGGGGUGGAGCUAGUCAUAAUAUCCAACAACGUGCGUUAGCCGAUUACGAAAACGUCUACAGCGCGCAAUCGCAUUGGCAGACCAUCGGCCGGUUCAUACUUCAAGAGCGCGCAAACGCCACGCCUACUUCGUUGCGCAAAAACCGAAUUACUGCGAGUCUGCGACUGGCGACGCUCGAUAGAAUCAGCAGAGGACUGAAUGUCGCUAGAAAUGUCGCAUCUAAUAGCAUCAAGAUGCCGGUGCAAGUUGCCCUGAGUGAUCCAACCACUUCCAAGUGGAAGAGUAAAACCGGAGAAGACUCUAAGGGUAAAUCGAACGCCCGUAAUAAGUCUACUUCGGAUAGGGAUUCUACCGUUUCGGCAAACGCGAGUAAAAAAGACGUUACGCGCGAAGUACACUCUGAGGGCGAAACGUUGAGUGACGAAGACGCUAAGGAGUCGGAUUUAAUGUCGACGAUGUCGAGAUUGAAAAAGGUGUCGAUAAGAAAAUUUAAGGAGUGGAAGUCGUGA